AGGGGAACAAUAAAGUCCGGGAAAAGUUGACCGCUGCGAAACAAGCCAGAAGUCCCAGGACGGGACAACUUGACCGUCGAAUAUCACAUCUUGAUCGCGCGAUGGUGCAGCAGACAUAAACCCGGAGUGGAGUGACCGUAAACCUAAGAUUAUAUCUGAACUGGAGUUCUAGAGUCAGUUUGUUCAUCACAACCAAAUUGAAUAAACCUAUAAUAAUGUCGGGCAAGAUCAUCCAGGAAGAAUCCGAAUGUUGCGAGAAAAGAGAAGCAGUACUAAUAAUGGAUGGAGUGUUUAUACCUUCAAAGAAUGAAGAUAAGUGCGAGCUUGAAUGUCCUAUCUGCUACAACUAUUGUGCGCCUCCAAGGAUUCCAAGAUGUGAGAACGGACACCUGAUCUGCUAUUUAUGCAAAUGCAAGCUGACCAGCAACCUGUGCCCAGUCUGCAGGGCAGAAUUUGUUCCUAACCGUCCUCUAGUUGCUGAAGCGGUUGCAAAGCUGAUUCCUUUCUCCUGCAAGAAUGCUGCGAGGGGAUGUUCUGAACAAUUUACAUGGAAAACAAAACAAGAACACGAAGACAAUUGCUUGUACAGAAGGUAUUUUUGCCCUGUGUUGACCUGCCCAGGAGAAGCAGGGUCACUGAACCAACUUAAACAUCAUGUGAACCAGAAACAUUUACUAGGGCCAGGACAAGGAAACCUCUCCUUGUAUCAAAAUGUGUUUGCAACUUUCAGCACAUUCCUAACACCAAAACUUAACAUGAUGGCGACACAUGAUUUUAGAUUUUUCUGGUGGGAGCCCCAGAUGUUUAUCCACGAGUUUGCUUGUUUCCUCAUGGUCUUUAGAGAGGUGGACGGACAGAACAAUGGCACUUACUACUUUUGGCUUUGGAUGGCUGCCAAUCAAUCCGAAGUGGAAAACUUCAGGUAUAGAAUCUGUAUUGAAGACCCUGCUCCUGGUAACUCCCGGGAUCCGAACUAUAGGAUCGGUAGUUCACCAGCCAUAGAUAAAUCCAUCCUUCUGGUCAACUACAUGGCUACCCCGGUCAGCCUCCUCAUGUCGGCCGAGGAUAUUCAAGAGCAGAACCUCUGCCUUAAACUCACCGAUGAUCAAGUUGGGAAUCUUCUAACAGCAAAUGGUCCUAACUGUGAUUCUACUUGUACCAAGGGUUGCCAGCAUUUAAAAUACAGCGUUCUAGUUCGUAAAAUGACGAAAUCAACAAACAACAGAUCAGUAACCCCGAUCCGUCCAGUGGAAAGCUUUCAAGCUUAAAAAUGCUGAAAGAGGAGGGUUAGUCUGACCAAUUUGAAUAGAAUAGAGAAUCCUGAGGCCAAAUUUAAAGAAUUUGAGCCGCGGCUCAAAUUUAAACAGCGGCUCAAAUAUGGUUGGUUCCA